ACCAAAGCAGCACGAGACGACGAGGUCAGUGUCGCAGCGACGAACGCCGACGAGCUAGCUCUCUCUCUCGAUCGAUGGCCAUGGCGGCGGAGAGCAUCGACGCGGAGCUGCGCCUCGGGCUGCCCGGCAGCGGCGGCGGUGACGGCGUGGCGGCGAAGAAGCGGCGGUCGGCGUCGUCGACGGUGAAGAGCGAGGCCUCCGGCACGGCCUGCUGCGGCGGCGCCGGCGCCCGGGACGUCGAAGACGGCGCCUCGCCGGCGUCCAAAGUGCAGGUGGUGGGGUGGCCGCCGGUGGGGUCGUACAGGAGGAGCACGUUCCAGUCUUCGUCGUCGUCGACGGCGGCGGCGGCGAAGGGGAAGGGCGGCGGCGAGACGGAUCAAGGGAGGAAGAAUAAGGGAGGAGGGCUGUACGUGAAGGUGAGCAUGGACGGGGCGCCAUACCUCCGCAAGGUCGACCUCCGGAUGUACGGCGGCUACAGGGAGCUCAGGGACGCUCUCGACGCGCUCUUCGGCUGCUUCUCCGCCGACGCCUCCGCCUCCGCCGCCCACUUCGCCGUCGCCUAUGAGGACAAGGACGGCGACCUCAUGCUCGCCGGCGACGUGCCCUGGGACAUGUUCAUCUCUUCUUGCAAGAAGCUGCGGAUAAUGCGAGGAUCUGAGGCGAGAUGAUAUAUAUCGAAAUCGAAAGGCGUCGAGCUGAAGAAAAAAUUUUCGCCGAUGCAUGCAUGGAGUAGACAUCUCACAGAAAAAAGGCUUCAUGCAUGAGAGAGAUGAGAUCUAUCCGUGGACAUCGUCAUGCAUGGCGAUCGGACGGCUGGCCAAGAAGGACACUUACACGUGGAUGCAUCUUGUUUUUGUUCUACGUAGAUGUGUAGAUGAGAUAUCCAAGGAUCUGAAUUCUAAAAAAGUUCAGGAUUCAGUUGGAUCGGAGUUGGUGAGGAGGAGGAUAUGAUCGAUCGAGCAGAGCUGCAGUACUCCUAUGUACAGAAUAAUCUAGCUGAGAUUUUGGUUGUUGGAAAUGGCAACUGCUAGUUCUGCAGAUUUGUGUACACAUGCCUUUUUUUUAAAGCUUUUUUUUUUCUAGCUUCUGUUGUGUCACUGAAGAAAUCUGAGAGCUGAAGAAAGAGAAACUUGGAAGUUUGGUCAUUUUAAUUUC